CGUCCGGAAAACCUGACCGGCAGGAGCCGAGUAGCCGGACAUAUAAGCGGAGAUCCGGGAGGCCGCGCUGUGUGAUGAGGAGGGGGAGUGACCCGCGGGAAGCGGGAGUGUGGGGCGGAAUGGUUGAAGAUGAGAGGACCUGCCACUCAUAGAGACAUGGCCACCUCCUCAGAAGAAGUUUUACUGAUCGUGAAGAAGGUGCGGCAGAAGAAGCAGGAUGGGGCCCUUUAUCUCAUGGCCGAGAGGAUCGCCUGGGCCCCCGAGGGCAAGGACCGCUUCAUCAUUAGCCACACGUACGCCGAUAUCAAAUGUCAGAAAAUCAGCCCCGAUGGGAAAGCGAAGGUGCAGCUCCAGCUUGUGCUCCACUCUGGGGAGAAUAGCAACUUCCACUUCUCUAACGAUGUCACUGCCAUCAAAGAGCGAGAUGCCGUCAAAGAGCUUCUGCAGCAGCUGCUCCCCAAAUUCAAGAGGAAAGCCAAUAAGGAACUGGAGGAGAAGAACAGAAUGCUGAAGGAAGAUCCAGUCUUAUUCCAGCUGUAUAAAGAUCUAGUUGUGAGUCAGGUGAUCAGCGCCGAGGAGUUUUGGGCCAAUCGGUUAAGCCUGAGCUCAGUGGAGAGCGGUGUGUCGGCGAGUAAACAAGAUGUCGGAAUAUCGGCGGCGUUUCUGGCAGAUGUUCGGCCACAAACCGACGGCUGUAACGGCCUCAGAUACAACCUGACGUCUGACAUCAUUGAGUCCAUAUUCCGCACGUAUCCCGCAGUGAAGCUGAAAUACGCAGAGAACGUGCCGCACAACAUGACUGAGAAGGAUUUCUGGAAGCAGUUUUUCCAGUCUCAUUAUUUCCACCGGGACCGGCUGAACUCCGGAGCCAAAGAUCUGUUUGCUGAGUGCGCCAAGAUGGAUGAGAAAGGGCUAAAGUCCAUGGUGUCUCAGGGGGUGAAGAACCCGAUGUUGGAUCUGAUGGCGCUGGAGGACAAGUGCUUGGAUGAGGGCUACGGAAUCUCAUCAGCACCUUCCACGUCCAGCAGCAAAUCCAUCAAAGAGAACAGCAACGCCGCCAUCAUCAAGCGAUUUAACCAUCACAGCGCCAUGGUGCUCGCCGCCGGCCUCAGGAAGGAGGAGGCGCAGAGUGACCAGUGCAGUGAGACCAGCAGCACAGACGGCAAUUCCAGAGACUCCGAUUUCUUUCUGCCUCCUGUCAAAAAGGUGAAGUUACAGGAGGCCAUAGAAUAUGAGGAUUUGGACCAGACUAAUGGAAUGAAACCCAUUGUGCUGAAUCUGAAGAAAUCUGACAGGUAUUAUCAUGGUCCGACGCCGAUACAGUCCCAGCAAUAUGCCUCCAGCCAGGAUAUUCUCAGCUCUUUCCAUAGUAUUAAACUACAAAUGGAAAACUAUACCCCAAGGCUUACUCAGGUUCUGUCGAGUGGUGCUGCCAGUAGUACGACUGCUGCUCUGACCCCGGGGGGGUCGCUGAUGCAGGGUGUCACUCAGCAAGCCAUAAACCAGUUGGUGCCAAACGACAUUCAGGUAGAGCUGAAGCACCUGUACGUGGCAGUUGGGGAGCUGCUGCGCCAUUUCUGGUCCUGUUUCCCGGUCAACACCCUCUUCCUAGAGGAAAAGGUGAUUAAAAUGAAGAGCAACUUGGAGCGGUUCCAGGUGACGAAGCUGCGGCCUUUCCAGGAGAAGCUCCGGAAGCAGUACCUGGGGACCAAUGUAAGGGCAGCUGGGGGGUUCUGGGGCAGGAGCUGGGGUUAAUUGCCCUGCUUGUAGCUCUAUGAUCCACUGAAUUAAGCUUUAUCUUGGUGCCUAUAGGGAAGGUGAGAACUUGUGUUGGUAUAUUAGAGGGGAGGGUCCAUAAUGUACCCUAAUGUAAUGUAUAAUGUUUUAUUGGAUAUAAACGAAAUUCUGCUGCAGCUGGGGGCGCAUUUGGUUUAGGGGAGGGGCAUAUAGUCCUUGGAGCCCUCCAGCUGUUGCAGAACUUCCAGCUUCCCACCAACAUCCAUAGGAUUGUAGUUUAGGCACCACCUUAACUAGGGAAGGUCUUCAGAAUCCAUGAAAAAUAAAGAGCAAGUGCAGAGUGGCUUAGCUCAUUCCCCCCAGCACUGUGUUCAUCCAAAGGGAAAGGGGCCAAACAGUGAACUAACUGGGUCCUGUCUUGUCCUUGAAGCUGACAAGUCACAUGGAGGAGAUGCUCCAGACGGCCUACAGCAAGUUCCACACGUGGCAGUCCCGCCGGCUGAUCAAAAAGACGUGAGCUCUUCCCUCGCAGGCGGCCUGAGUAGGGCCAAUACGUUCCCAGUGUGUGGCCAGCAACUGGUUUCAUGUGGCAAGCGUCUGGAAUCCUGGCACAAGCCCUUGCACUGCAGCCUUACAAUGACUGGCACCACAACCAAAGCCAAGGAGUGAGAAUUAAGGGCAAAGUCCAUUCACUCAGGAGCCCAUUUCCGUUCCAGCUGCUUACGGAUGUCUCUCCACGACCCCCACUUCUUUAUUCUUCUUUUUUCUGUUAAAUCAUGACUUGUGCCACUGGGGGAUACGGCUGUACAUUUCUUUUAGGGGCCCCGGCUGUCCUUUUUUUAGACUGAGGGCUAUGGCUGUACAUUUCCUUUGGGGGUCACAGACCGGUUGUAUCGGUUACAGGUUCUGUAUGUUCCGUUUCUUUUUCAGUAGAGCUUCAGUGGUCUCUCAGCUGUUCACUUUAACCCUUUCUGUUAUGCCCCAAAGCAUUGUGCUGCUGGGACACUGACGUUACAACAAGACAGAGUCCGGUUCCAUCUGUGGAGAUUUUGUGGGGCAGACUAAAUGCUGAUGGGUCUCUCUGAACGGACCUCUCUGCUGAUUGCUAAACCCGCUGCUCUAUCCGGUGAUGUGACGGAGCCCUUGCCCACGGUGGGUCUGUGCCAUGUCUCCUAUGUUGGAAUAACAUGAUCCUAUUGACUCAUCUGAACCCCCAUUAUCUAUGCAGAUAUGGAAGAGUAAGGAGAAUGGGGUGGGUGGAGAUGUUUCUGUGCCAUCUGUCCUUAGUGUCAUUACAGGAGCGAUGAGCCAACCUGGAACUGACCAUUUUGUUUUUUUAAAUAAACUGUAAUUGCUUUAAUUGGG